AUGGAGUUUAAAGUAUUUGUAUUAUUUGUUUUAAUUCAAAGUUUGUCAGCCCAAACACCAUGUGAUAAAGGUUCAGAAUUGUUACUCGUUUCAGCGAUGUUUAGACAUGGCGAAAGAACACCAGAGCCUGAACAAAUGGCUGUUUUUCCAAAAUAUGAGCAGGCAAAAAAUAAAUUUGAACCUCCUGGACUAGGUCAACUCACAGAUGAGGGUAAACAAACAAUGCAUAAAUUAGGUCUUAGACUGAAGAAAAAAUAUGCUGAUAAAUUAUAUGACAAAGGAUGUGUUACGAGAAAUCAAGUUAGAAUGGAAUCAACAAAAUAUCAACGUUGUCUGGUCAGCGCUCAGAUUGUAUUGAACGCGUUACUUGGCGAGAACAGAGAUCCAGCUACAUUCAAAUGGGAUACUAUGAGAUAUAUAAAUAAUACAUUAAGUGAGGAAAAAGAGAAGUUGUUUAAAAAUUAUUAUAAGAAAGAAUGUCCGGAGUAUAUGAAACUCGUACUGGCCAAAUCAGCACAAAAUCAAGCAAAAUUUGCUGUUUGUAGAGAACCAAUGCAAAUAAUGGGAGGACAGCUUGGAGUGAAACAGCCAAGUCCCUUGUUAGUGUGGUAUAUGUACGAAUUAUACAGAGCACAGAAAUGUACCAAUGUUGGUCUUCCAAAUUGGGUCGAUAAUGGUAUGUUCAGCAAAAUGGAACAAUGCAUUCAGAAAUUUUUAGAUAUCGCUUUUGGAAGUGACGAAUUGAAAAAAUUAUCAGGAGGAAUUUAUGUGGACAUGAUGCUGAAAGAGUUCGACAGAUUUAUAAGCAAUACAAAUACUAAUAAGGAUAAACCAUUGAGGCUCUUUUCCGGACAUGACACCACAGUGGCACCAGCAUUGGCAGCUCUAGGUGGUUCUCAAGGAUUUACAAAAAAUGGACAAGAUUUCACUGUUGAUAUACCAAAAUAUGGUGCUGCUAUCGUAACAGAACUUUAUAAAGGAACAGACAGUAAACAUUUUAUAAAGAUAUUAUAUUGGAAUGAUAAACAAGAAUCAGAACUAAUAGUUAAAGGAUGCGGAGGAACAAGCUGUUGUUCUUUAGAAAAAUAUAAAGAACUUGUGAAAAACAUAAGAAUAGAAAAGAACGAACUCACAAAUUGCAAAAUAAUAGAAUUUUACAAGAUGUUCAGACAUGGUGAAAGAACACCAGAUCCAGAACAAAUGCAAGAAUUUCCAAAAUACGAAUACAUAAAUGAUACUUUUAGGCCAUAUGGAGUAGGACAACUAACUACAGAUAAGAGAGAUGUGCUCAGAAGACGAUGGGCUUCUUACAAAUAUCUUAAUAAGACUCUUAAUGCAGAAAAGGAAUUUUUCUUGAAGUUUUAUUAUAAAAAAGAGAUAUGUCCAGCGUACUUGUUACAAAUUAAGUCAUUUUUUGAUAAACAAGAAAAUUUGAGACAAGUAAGUGCUUGCAUGAAUCCCAUGGGCCUAAUGAAGAUAAAAUUAGGUGUAGAAAAACCAGAUCCUUUAAAAGUUUGGUAUAUGAGCGAAUUAUAUAAAGCUCAGGAAAACGCUAAAAAAGAUCUUCCUGAAUGGGUGGACGAAAAAUUAUUCCAACAAAUGGAUUUGUGCAUAUAUCAAUUUUUGCAAGUGGCUUUUGGUACAAUUGACUUAAGACAACAAUCCGGAGGAAUUUACGUAGACAUGAUGUUAAAAGAAUUCAACGACUAUAUAAACCACAAAGACAAAUAUAGAUACCAAAAAUUGCGACUAUUUUCUGCACAUGACACCACAAUUGCACCAGCUGUAGCCGCCUUAGGAGGCCACCAUGGUUUUACCAAAAAUGAUGAACCAUUUUUGGUUGAUGCACCCAAUUAUGGUUCCAUCAUAAUUACCGAAUUGCAUCGAGAAAAGAGGAGUGGGAGAUAUUUCAUAAAGAUUUAUUACUGGAACGACAAAAGAACCUGUUGUCCAACCCAAUUAAAAGUCGAAGGAUGUAAAGAUCCUUCAACAGGACGUUGUUAUUUAGAUAAAUACCAAAAGUUAGUGAAAAAUAUCAGAAUUGGAAAGAAAAGGCUUCUAAAAUGUGAAAAACUUGCUCAAUUAGUACUACCUCAAGUACUUGAGCAAAUACAAGCAGAAAAAGCAGCUAAAAAAUCGUGCAAAAAAGAUGAAUCAACAAUAACACCUAAAGAUGAAUAA